GACUCCGUAAGCAGAGCCUGUUGCAGCAGUCCGUUAUUGUUGAAUCGAUCGUCGAAGUCAGAUCGCGACAACGACAUCAUUCCUGACAAUAUCGUGUAUUCAACGACUUCUUUGAACGGCAACAGUUCGUACGAUUCGAAGUGUUCGAAUCGAAAGAAAAUUCCCGCGCUUUCGACGCCAUCUUUACCGGCGUAAAAUAAGCGCCAAGACGCACUAAUGUUAACCUCGCGUCACGUUGAAGCAGUGUUCGAUAAAGAUUUGAUUUAUAAACCAUGACAGCGAAAGUUGGAGCGUUCCAGAACUUACCAUGGGUUGAAAAGUAUCGUCCCAAAAAGUUGGACGAUCUUAUAUCUCACGAGGAAAUCAUCAGAACUAUAAAUAAAUUUAUCGAUGAAAACCAACUUCCACAUCUGUUACUUUAUGGUCCUCCUGGAACAGGAAAGACUAGUACGAUUCUUGCUUGCGCUCGUAAAUUAUACACACCGGCUCAGUUCAACUCGAUGGUCCUGGAAAUGAAUGCUUCGGAUGACAGAGGUAUCGGCAUUGUCAGAGGACAGAUUCUUAGUUUUGCGAGUACAGGUACUAUGUACAGAUCUGGUUUUAAAUUGAUCAUCCUCGAUGAAGCUGAUGCUAUGACAAACGACGCACAGAAUGCUCUCAGAAGAAUCAUCGAGAAGUACACGGAUAAUGUAAGGUUUUGUAUUCUGUGCAACUACCUUAGUAAAAUUAUCCCAGCUCUUCAGUCUCGGUGCACUAAAUUUAGAUUUGGUCCGUUAACAGAAAGUCAAAUUUUGCCAAGAUUAGACGACAUUAUCAAAGAAGAAAAUUUAAAUGUCACAGAAGAUGGAAAGAAAGCGUUGAUAACGCUAAGCGGGGGAGAUAUGAGAAAAGUUUUAAAUGUUCUUCAAAGUACAUGGCUUGCCUUUAAUGCAGUUACAGAAGAUAAUGUUUAUUCCUGUGUUGGACACCCUCGUCCCAUUGACAUCAAGAACAUUGUGAAUUGGUUACUGAACGAGUCCUAUGAAUUAUGUUAUUGCAGUAUCCUUCUUUUACAAAUACCAGUUAAUGCUUUUGAAGUUAUAUAUUCCUUAAUAUAUCGUUACAUAGAAAUACAAGACAUAAAACUGAAGAAAGGACUCGCGUUGCAAGACAUAUUAACGGAACUCCAUUUGUUUGUAAAUAAAAUUGACUUUCCAGAGUCGAUACUCAUCGAUCUAGUGAUUAAACUGGCAGAAAUCGAAAAGAGAGUGGCCAUCGGUUGCAGCGAAUCGGUACAAUUGAACGCGCUCGUUUCAGCGUUUCAAAAUGCACGCGAUAUCGAAACCUAGCAGCAGCUCGAGCUGUGUUCGCGUUAAGGUAAUUUCUCAAUAUAAAAGUACUAUAUUUCGUUAGAAACGGUACGAGAUUAAAAGCAACGUAAGAAAACUAAUCUACCGUUUGUGAUCGUACCUGUGUAAUAAAUAAAAGGUCGAUAUUUGUACAAAGAAAUAGCCAACACGCAACAAUCCCCACGCCCAAGUUAUCCAUCUCCAUUUUUUUGUUUUUUCCUUUUUUUUUUGUAAUAAAUUACGUUCUUUCGUGAGCCGUAUCAUGGUGACGAAUCUCUAAAACUAAGUUGUCAAAGUCUAGGUCACAAAUCAGUCGAGUCACCAUGAACUCCCGCGGUCGUAAAUUCUCAUCCAGUUCCGCGUCCCGCUUAAUCGCGAUCAUUCUACCACGCGUGCACGAGAGUUAUGGAAUACUCAUCUCCGAAAUGAUAAGUUUUCUCGUGGUGUAUGUGUAUUCGGAGCAAUCACCCUGUUCGUACUCGAUCGUACGAGUGGAACAGCGUCUGACAGUGGUCCGACAAAUACCGCCUGAUCAGCACGCGAUCGCUCGUGCAUCGCGUCGACGAAAACAUAUCCGCCGUCCAAACAUGCGAUGCCACUAUUUUCUGUUACAGCGAUGUUCAUCGGGUGUGCUCUGACAAUUGGUUCACGGUAUUCCGAAGAUUGCAUCGUGUACUCGAAAAGAGACAUAACUCGCAAAAAGAGCCAAAUGGGGAGCUUACCCAAACCUCGAAUAUUGUGCGGGGGAUACGGUCUUGUGAAUCGAUCGAAGCUCCAUCGAUCCCAAGCGUGAUUUACUCUCAGACUAAUGUAAAGAGGGAGACACGUACGUCCCUCGACCCUCGAUAGAAUCACUGAACAAUAAUCAAGACAAGUUACUUCUUUCGUUUCGCGUCACGGUAAAGUCUCUUCACGUUAACUAUUGCAAUUGUACAGAAUAAUGGAUAAUAUGUAGCGUAACGGAUAAAGGAUUCACGUGUAUAUUUUUUCUGCAAAACUCUAGUCCUUUUGGAACGCCGUUGAGUUAUCCGAUGAUACAUCCGAUCCCAGCAAGUGGAAUGACCCAACUUUAGCCCGACACGCCAUUAGCUUCCUCUCCUUUUCUCUCACUCGUCGCCGCGCUAUCUCUGCCACUUUACGAACACUACAAACUCCUCACG